GCGGAGCCAAUGGCGGGCGGGCGCCUUGCCCGGGGGCUGCGCCUCAGCGCGGCGGCGGCGGCGGGGGCGCUUUGAAAAAGUGGGGCCGGACUGGGGAGUAUGGCUGCAAAGAAAUUGAGAAGAGCAAAGCUGUCUGAAGAGCUGUGUGAAAGGCUGAGUCGCUAUCAGAUCACUACCUGUCAGGACUUUUUGUGUCUUUCGCUCUUGGAGCUAAUGAAGGUGACAGGACAGAGCUACAGAAAUGUGCAAAAACUUCUUUGUCAAGUCAGCCUCGCUUGUGCUCCCAAAAUGCAGACAGCUUAUGAAAUGAAAGUAAGGAGGUCUGUCAAUCCCUCUUCAGCCUUUUUAUCCACCACACUGCAUAGUUUGGAUAAAGUCUUGCAUGGUGGUGUGCCCUGUGGAUCCCUCACAGAGAUAACAAGCCCACCAGGUUGUGGCAAAACUCAGUUUUGUAUUCUGAUGAGUGUGCUGGCUACACUACCUGUAAGCAUGGGAGGGCUGGACGGGGCUGUGGUAUACAUUGACACAGAGUCUGCAUUCAGUGCUGAAAGGUUGGUUGAGAUAGCAGGAAACAGAUUUCCUACUUAUUUUGACUCUGAUGAAAAGCUGUUUUGCAUGACCCGUAGCAUUCAUCUGUAUCGAGAGCUGACCUGUGACAGUGUGCUGAAGAGGAUUAAGUCUUUGGAAGAAGAAAUUAUUUCAAAGAAGGUUAAACUCAUAAUAAUUGACUCUGUUGCUUCAGUUGUCAGAAAGGAGUUUGACACACAACUCCAAGGCAAUCUGGCAGAGAGAAGUAACUUUUUGGCUAGAGGAGCAUCACUAUUGAAGUAUUUGGCAGAGGAGUUCUCAAUACCAGUUAUCUUGACGAAUCAGAUUACCACAUCACUGAGCAAUGGCCUUGCGAUCCCAGCAGACCUGGUGUCUCCAGCUGAUGAUUUGUUCUUGUCUGAAGUGUGGUUUCCUUCUUUGGCACCAUCAGUACGUUGUGGUCCUGGGUGUUGUUUCAGGAGCAUCUGGAAGUGGGAAGAAGGAGUCUGGUUGUGUGACAGCAGCCCUUGGCAACACGUGGAGUCACAGCGUCAACACCAGGCUCAUACUGCAGUAUCACGACUUCCCAACAAGACAGAUCCUGGUUGCAAAAUCCCCUGUUGCUCCAUUUUCCAUUUUUUUCUACACCAUUGAGAAAUCAGGUUUGGUUCUUCAAGCCAAAACUUAUUUCUGAAGAAACAGCUUAAGAAAUGUUUUCAAGAUGAUCCCCACUUGAAUCAUCAGCACUGUUUCCUGCUUCACCCUCCACCCUCCCUGGAGUUCUCCCAGCCGCAUACCUGACCUGAACCUAAUUAGUUGGUGAGAGUUAGAAAGUUUGCCGCCCGUGGUGUGGCUGUGGGCCAGGCAGGCAGAGUUCUCUGUGCCUGGUACUAUAAUUGUUGGGAAAUCUUGCUUGAUGGACAGAAGGUUAUUCUGUUGUUUGGGUGGUGGUGUUUGUUUUUUUUUCAACAAAGGUCCUGGAAAUGUGCAGGAGCACAUUUUGGAGCUCAUAAAUUUGAGUCUUUAGAGGCAGAAGGAAGCCCAUGUCUUUAACAUUGCUGACAGACAAAGAGUAUCAAGAGCAGUUUUACUUCCAAGAGUGUUUAAAACAACCUUAACACAUUCUGUCCUGCUUUUUCAAAAGUCAUUAUUUUCUGAGGUCUGUUUAUGCCUCUUGUCUUCGUGACACAGUGGAGUCUUUGUUAGGUGAGAGGAGAAGUAUAUAUUACUAGAAGAGCAGGACUUGCUUCUCUGCUUCUCUUUACCAAAACAAGGGGCUAGUUUUGCAACAUCAUCUCUUACCAACAGCCCUAUUGAACAGUCCUGUUGACUUCUUCAAAGGGGCUUGUGCCCAUAAGGAUUAUGGCAUCAAGUGCUGCUCCUAGGCUGAGAUACAGCCCUAGGAAUCAAGAGUGGUCUGGAAGGAUCCUCCUGCCUUCACUGGAGAUAUGGAAUGGGCCAUAUGUCCUUCCACCAUGCUGUUACUACUGCUCUGCAUAGGGGAGGAACAAAACACAGCCUCAUGGUAUGGGCCAUUUAAUUUGAAACUUGUUCAACUGUACUUUUUCCUCCCCUCUACUAAUGGCCCUGUAAAUUUUCCAAGGAAUGUACUACUGAACAAUAAAUGUGUCCAUUUGUUUGCUUGGAUAUUGUAGUGCU